UUAUAAUAAUUAACAAUUAAAAACGUUCUUUGGAAAGCUUUUAAAUUUUAUUUUGAUUUAUUUUAAUUUAUUAAUAAAACAAAAUUUAUAUCUUAAAAUAUGAAAUUUGCUGUUAAAAUAUGUUUUGGAUUUAUAUUAGUUUUAUUCAAUUCUAAUGGACAUGUAGAUGCUCUAUCUUGUCCUUGUCACAAUCUUCCAACUAAAUGUUCAACGCCUACGCCCACGGAUUGUAAAGGCGACAUAACUAAGGACGCUUGUGGAUGCUGCGACGUUUGCGCAAAAGUGAAAGAUGAAGAGUGUGGGGGGCCAUUUCGAACAUCGGGUAAAUGUUCUAGAGGAUUCAUAUGUAAAUACGAAAGCUACAGGGAGCCUCUUCAAUCAGGGGGUAUGCAUUACAGAAUACCCAAAAGAGGAAGGAGAACCCUGCGGUGAAGUUUGGACACAAGGCCAUUGCAAACAAGGAUUCAAAUGUCAACACCCGGAUCCGUACAGUAUAGGAAUAUGCCGCAAAGAUUCAUAAGGAUUUUUUUUUUCUUACAUGAAUGAAGAAAAUUAAUUUAAGAAUAAAAAAAUAAUUGCCUUAUUUCCAAAUUUUAUUUAAAAAAAAUAAUCUUUCAAAUAAUUUGUGUUUAAAUAUCAUUCAUGUACGUUUAUAAUAUACAAGCUUUCAGUAAAUAUUGCACAAAAAUA